CUUGUUACAGUUUGUUAUAUUUGUUCUGUACUCAGUUAGUCUCUAUGAUAUUACAAAGGGUUGUGAAUCUUGUGGUAAUGUACAAUAUCAUUGUGUAGCAGGUUGAAAGAAAUCACAUGAGUGAUGUGAGGGUGUGAACUUACACAUCAUAUUUCUAUAAAAGAGGAAAGAAAGUAGUGGCAACAGAACUGGUACACAGACAACGGUCAGAGACUCCUUUCUCUUUGGUACGCUCUCAAUCAUUAAAGAAUUAAGAUGAAGAUUCUGUUCCUGACUCUGGUUCUUGCCUUGAUGCUGAUGAGCGGCUCUUCUCUGAAAUGCUAUAAGUGUAACUCGGGUUUGGGUGAAAAAUGUUUCCUACUUCCUGACCCCUGCAACUGGCAAAAUGCCUGUAUCUCUUCUGUAUCGAAGACCGGUACAUCUGUGACAAAGCGAUGCAUCAGUAUGGCAGAAUGUGUCAAUUUGAAGCAAAAUCCUGACUACAAUGUCCACUGCUGUCGGACAGACUUCUGCAAUAGGGCUCCAUGAACACACUCGACCUAAAAGAUGAUCCUUC